CAGCAAGCUUUGAAUUCAAUCAUGCAGGAUUUGGCUGUACUUCAUAAGGCCAGUCGUCCUGUAUUGCCACAGCAAGAAACAGGAAAACCAAAGUCAUCUUCACCUAAAAAACAGAACGAUGUUAGAGUCAAAUUUGAGCAUCGAGGUGAAAAAAGGAUCCUGCAAUUACCAAGGCCUGUUAAACUUGAAGAUCUUGCAGCUAAAGCUAAAGUUGCUUUUGGACAGACUAUGGAUUUACAUUACAGCAAUAAUGAGCUUGUAAUUCCAUUAACCACCCAGGAUGACCUGGACAAAGCUGUUGAACUGCUUGACCGUAGUGUUCAUAUGAAGAGUCUCAAGAUACUGCUUGUAAUACACGGAAAUACACAGUCACCCAGUGUAAAUAACGUGGAACCCUUGCCCUCGCUGGAAGAUUUAGAUAAUACAGUGUUUGGUGUGACAGACAGAAAAAGGCGGCUGUCUGUAAUAGGUUCUAAUACUCGUGACAGGAGUUCACCGCCCCCAGGAUACAUUCCAGAUGAGCUGCAUCAGGUGGCCCGAAAUGGGUCCUUCACCAGUAUCAACAGUGAGGGUGAAUUCAUUCCAGAAAGUAUGGAUCAGAUGCUGGAUCCAUUGUCUUUGAGCAGUCCUGAAAACUCUGGCUCAGGAAGCUGUCCCUCACUUGACAGCCCUUUAGAUGGAGAGAACUAUCCCAAAUCUCGAAUGCCAAGAGCACAGAGCUAUCCAGAUAAUCAUCAGGAAUUCUCAGUAGAGUAUGAUAUCCCAAUAUUUGAGAAAUUUGGAAAGGGGGGGACUUAUCCCCGAAGAUACCAUAUUUCAUAUCAUCAGCAAGACUACAAUGAUGGUCGUAAAACUUUUCCAAGAGCCAGAAGGACUCAGGGGAACAGCUUCCGGUCACCAGUUAGUUUCAGUCCCACCGAUCACUCGCUGAGCACCAGUAGUGGAAGCAGCGUCUUCACACCGGAGUACGAAGAUAACCGCCUGCGGCGGAGGGGCAGCGACAUAGACAAUCCUACCUUGUCCGUCAUGGACAUCAGCCCACCCAGUCGCUCACCACGAGCUCCAACUAACUGGAGGCUUGGGAAACUGCUGGGCCAAGGUGCGUUUGGCAGAGUGUACCUGUGUUACGAUGCUGAUACCGGAAGAGAACUGGCUGUUAAACAAGUUCAGUUUGAUCCUGAUAGUCCAGAAACCAGCAAGGAAGUAAAUGCACUUGAAUGUGAGAUUCAGUUGCUGAAAAAUCUGCUGCAUGAAAGAAUUGUUCAGUAUUACGGCUUCUUGAGAGAUCCACCAGAGAGAACGCUCUCUAUAUUCAUGGAAUAUAUGCCUGGGGGUUCCAUAAAAGACCAACUGAAAUCCUAUGGAGCACUCACAGAGAAUGUGACUCGUAAAUACACGCGGCAGAUUUUGGAAGGCGUUCACUAUUUGCACAGUAAUAUGAUUGUCCAUCGAGAUAUUAAAGGAGCAAAUAUUCUGCGAGAUUCAGCAGGCAACGUGAAGCUCGGUGACUUUGGUGCCAGCAAGCGACUGCAGACUAUCUGUCUCUCUGGUACGGGAAUGAAGUCUGUCACAGGAACUCCAUACUGGAUGAGUCCAGAAGUUAUUAGUGGAGAAGGGUACGGCAGAAAAGCAGACAUCUGGAGCGUAGGUUGUACAGUGGUAGAAAUGCUCACUGAGAAGCCCCCGUGGGCAGAGUUCGAAGCAAUGGCUGCCAUCUUUAAAAUUGCCACUCAGCCAACCAACCCCCAGCUACCGCCUCAUGUCUCCGACCAUGCUCGGGAUUUCUUGAAACGGAUUUUUAUCGAGGCCAAGCUGCGACCUUUUGCAGAUGAACUGCUAAGACACACGUUUGCACACUAUCACUAACAGCCUGCCUCAACUCAGCUUGCAUCUACUGCAUUUGUUUUCUAUUUGACUGCACUUUUAUUUGUUUUUUUUUUUUACAAAAAAAGGAGAAAAAAAAGACAAGAGAGAGAAUAUUCUCUUGAAUCUUUGUUUCACUUAGAUUGUAAACAAUCUAAAUUUUGUAUCUAAAAUGAGAAUCUUCUCUCCCCCCGCUCCCACCAGGGCUAGAACUUUUUGUUUCUAUGAUGUACUGAUGUGGUUCAUGUAGAUAAAGCACUUUAGUACAUACUUGUUCCUUAUUUA